AUGCCGCGGCGCAUGCGCGGAGGGCGGCAUUAUGGUAAUCGAGGUCGGACAUUGAGCACUCUUCCCACUGGCCGCCGUACACCCAUCAAUCGUCUUCCGAUUAUGGCAAAAUCCGUCCUUGAUUUGUUUGAAUUGUACAAUCUCGUCAUCCAAAGGGGAGGUCUUGUUGACGUUAUAAAUAAGAAACUUUGGCAAGAGAUAAUUAAAGGACUCCAUCUACCAUCCUCGAUCACAUCUGCAGCUUUUACUCUUCGAACCCAAUAUAUGAAGUACCUCUACCCCUACGAAUGCGAAAAGCGGCGGUUGUCUACCCCGGGGGAAUUGCAAGCCGCGAUCGAUGGUAACAGACGAGAGGGUCGACGCGGAAGCUAUGGUACUUACGCUGACAUGUUGACGAGAAGCCCGAGCCAACAAAGCAGCCCCCUCAGCUUGGUGACCGGUGGUAGAGCUCCUCCUCCUCCUCCUAGCUCAGUCAAUGACUCCCCCCCAGGGUCUCCUCCUGAACAUUCUGCUGUAACUCUGACUCCUCUCGAGAUGUCCAGGAUUACCUUAUGGAAUUUGUAUAACAACAACACACCACAAGAAAUGCAGAAAGAAGCCCUUAAUUUAGAAAAAAGGGAAGAUACCCUACCACCUCCAGCAAAAAGGCACUACCCAGACAAUGAUGAUGUAAAUUACACUGGAGCACACAUCAAAAUAUCAAGCAGAGGAGAUGGCAGAGGAUCCGAGAACUCAUUAGUUGUGAGUAUGGACAUCAAUGGUACUAUGUACCAAGGUGUUUUAUUUGCACAGACCUCACGCAGCAAUAAUAGGCUUCAAUCAUGA